UAAAUUACAAAGCUGUUUAGCCAAUCAAAAUCAUUUACCUUAUUGUAUGUGGACAAUUCUGCCAAACUGCCGCUGAGACGACAACGUACAAUGGAGGAAGGCAUCUUUGUGUUCUGGCAAGAUUCACUUUUAGCUCGAACAAUCUUCAAAUGACUUGUUUCUGAUUAACCCUUCUAUGUUCAUUGUUAUAGCAACAGAACAACCAUACGCCUCAACUCCGAAUAAUUGAUUACAACUCACAAGAAUACAAAGAAAAAUAAAUAGAUAAAAAAUUAGUUACUAUUCCUAUUUCUUUUUUUUUUUACCUUUUUUUGUUCGUUGUGGAAAUUUCAACAAAAAGUCAAUCAGCACGGUACCAACAAUGGAAGAUGCCAUAAACCAAUUGCAAGUUUUGGGUGUAACAAGAGGACAAGCGAAAAGAGCCUUAGCAAGAUAUAAUAAUGAUGUAGCUAGAGCUGCUGAUUAUAUUUUCUCUGGUGCAGAACUGAGUGAUGAGGACGAUGAAGAUUAUAAUAAUGAUAUGAAUAUCGAUGCUUCAGUAAUCGAUGAGAAAAUGGAAACAGAUAAAGAAAUGGCCAUCAGAUUCAGUCUUGAAGAGCAAGAAAACCAUACCACUGCACCGAAGGCUUACCUUGAUAAAGCAGCUACUUUUACUUCGCAAAAGCCUGCUGCCGCUCCGGAUUGGAGUGUCGUUCCUUUCACUGCCAAAGAGCCGAACGUAACUUCUAUACCACCCUCUUCUUCUUCUUCUUCUUUCUCAGCUGCUUCUUCACAUUCAACAAUGACAGCACAGACUUCAGUCGCAGGAAGAUAUAAUUCACUUACAUGGUGGAGUGACCCUGAAAACCCUAAUGAGAGAAAAGCGCUUAGAAAUAUACCCAUUGGAUUGAGGCCUCCUUCCUCCAAUUGCGCUUAUUCACCAAUACUGAUUCAAGCUCUAUUUCAUAUCACAGCAUUUCAGCAAUUGAUACUCGCUUAUCGACCUAUACCUUACACUUAUGGUGGUGAUCACGCUCAUGCUUCAACGUCGAAAGAAUAUUGGCGUGGUUAUGGUGAACCUGUACCAGGCUAUAUUUUGCGGGAGGUGAAGACGAAAGUACCGAUCGUUAAAUCGACGAGUGGUACUGAUUACAGCUUGUCAACGACAGCACCGACACUACCUAUCGCAUCAGAGAUACCGACAUCAAUCAUACCUACAGAAUCAGUUUCGAGUGCUAAUAGCCAUUAUAGUAACACUGAUUACAUCACUGAUAAAACAGUAGACAAUCUAGUGAAUGUAGACGUUGCUGUUGAUACAAUGCAGAAGUUAACGCUUCAUGAGGAUAAUUCUUUCAAUAAUGACAAUUUGACGGACUGGAAUAUUGAGCAUAUGGAUACCCCAUUCAAUGAAACUAUCACAAGCACACCAUUCGCUAGUAACAUAGAGGAAGUAGAAUACGAAGAACGUUAUGAAAAUGAACUGCAAUGUGUACCCAAAUCAGUUCAAGCGCUAGCAGAAUUACAAAAGAUAUUCGGAUUUUUGGGGUUCUCAAAACGGAGAUACGGGAAUAUUGCUCAUUUUACCAGGGCAUUGAAUGCUAGUGGCCAGGAAGCAUCAGUAGCUAUUCAUAUGCCUCGUACAAGUCUUAACAACAAUAGUCGACUAGAUUGGAAGUAUAAUGAGAAGUCAUUUGAUGGUAAAUGAUUAAGUUUUUCUUGAUGAACCCAAACGAUGAAUUAUUGAUCUUGUUUCCUUACGCUUUUCAGCGUUUAUCGAGAUGUUGAUCACUUGCUUGUUGGAAGCUGGCAAUUAUUCGGACGAUAUCGAUUAUGAAGCAAAUCUUAAACGGUAAGA